UAUCCACAAUGAGCCGAAACUACCAAGAGGAUCAAAACAAUGAAAUUGAAGCUCUCGACUCGAUUUACUGUGGCGAUAUGCAGAUUUUGGAAAAGGAACCAUUUCACAAGUUCCAAAUACCCAUAGCGACAGAAGAAUUUGACAAGGAUACUCAAGAGAAUGGUCUUAGUUGUAUAAUGGUGUUCACCUAUACUCCAACCUAUCCCGAUGAAGCUCCAGUAGUAGAAAUCGAUGAGCCGGUAAAUUUUGAGGAUGACUACGAACAACGUUUGUUGGAUCACUUGAAAUCGACAAUUGAGGAAAAUAUUGGCAUGGAAAUGAUUUUCACAUUGGUCAGUACAGCCCAAGAAUGGUUGAAUGAACGUUGGGAUGACUACAAAAAAGCUCAGGAAGAUGAACGUGAACGCCGCUUGCUCGAAGCUGAGGAAGCGGAACGUAAACGUUUCGAGGGAACACGUGUAACCGUGGAAACAUUUAUGAAAUGGAAAAUGGAAUUCGAGGAGAGUAUGGGCAUUGCUGCCAAACGUGAAAAAUCGAAUGACAACAAGAAACUCACCGGCCGGGAGUUGUUUAUGCGCGAUACCACGCUUAAUGAUUCCGAUAUUAAAUUUCUUAUGGAAGCCGGUGAUAGCAUUGAAAAUGUUAAAAUUGAUGAAAGUUUGUUCCAGGGCAUCAACGACAUCGAUUUGGAUGAGGAUGACGACGACGAUGAAGAUUGGGUGCCCGGUGAUGAUAGUGACUAAA